AACAACAAUAAUAAUAAUAAUAACAGUAAAGAGGCCUAUUUGUACACGAUCGUCUUAGCCUUGUCGUGUCGCUAAUUAUUUGACAGCGCAACUGUCCGAACAUAACUGCAUGAAUUUCGACAUACACCAGUUUAUGACAGGUAUUAUCAUCAUUGGCAUAAUCAUUAGCAAUGUUAUAUUACAUGGUAGUUUUAUUUACUUUGAAGCUUUAUAACUUGAAGCACAAAGCUACUCUAUGUUACGUACCUUUACCAAAGCCCACAGCAUUUUCGAGCGCAGAUAUUGUUCACACCUAAGAUAUUGUUCUAUUCGGAAUAAAGACAGCCUCUUGCUGCCCUCUUGUGGAUAUCUGGUAGACAUGCACCUUAUUUUCUCUCCAGUUUUGCCAGAUUUUCUGAGAAGUUGAGUUACACGUCAGAAUGGAACCUGUACUGGUGAGUGGACGUGUACUGUGACCUCAACAAUUCCUGCGUAUCAGCUGACCCCGGAUACAAGACGACAUGGAACGUGUAGUGGAGCUGUCAAGCAACGGCGGUUUCUCCAUCGCCGGACUUUCGACGACGCCCCGGAAGCGGCAGGUGCGCUUCUCGGCGCGGCACGACAUCCUGCUGCUGCGGGAGGUCAUUGCGCAGAACCCCUUCUCCUCCAAGGAGCCCGGGCGCAUCUGGGCCCGGGUGGGCGAGAUCAUCACCGCCGCCCUGCAGGACGAGAGCUUCGAGGUGGACGCCAGGCGCUGCCGCGAGAGGACCAUGCUGCUGCUGGACUACUACAAGAAGCAGGACUUUGCCAGCCUCCGCAGGUUCGGGACUGAAAGGCUGUAUGCCCAGAAGGAGGAUCUGCUGCAUGAAGUGCUGGAAUUGGAGGCUGAGAAAGGGCUUAUGGGAAGUGGUGAGAACAAAUACCAGGAUGAGGAGUUGAGGAAAAGGGCACUAGAGGAGCUGGUGCUCCCAGAGCAGGACAAAAUCAGUGUGAUGCCCACCCAGACAGCGCCUCCUGCAGGGCCCCCGACUCCAGAGCAGGAGGAGCAGGAGGAGCAGGAGGAGCUGGAGGAGCAGGAGGACCUGGCGGCGCCCACGGCGAAGCGCGCGUGCCAGUGCUGCUGCCAGACCUACUCGGAGAUCCUCAGCUUCCUGGAGAAGCGGUCGGACGCGGAGCAGCGGCUGCGGGAGGAGGAGGCGGCGCUCCGGCGCGAGGAGCUGGAGAUCCAGCGGAGCAAGAUCGCCCUGGAGCGCGAGCGGCUGGGCGCCGAGCGCAAGGAGCGGGAGCGCCGCUUCGAGCUGGAGAGCCAGGAGAGGCAGGUCAUCCUGGACCUGCUCAAGGAGAAGGUGCUGAAGUGCUGAGAGUGUGGGGGGGGGUGAGGAGGAGGAGCAGGAGGAGCGGGAGCGCCGCUUCGAGCUGGAGAGCCAGGAGAGGCAGGUCAUCCUGGACCUGAUCAAGGAGAAGGUGCUGAAGUGCUGAGAGUG